CCGGGUUGGCGUUUGCGGCGUCCGCGGGAGCUGAGAGCCAGCGCGCAGCGGCGGUGGGGGCGGGGGAGCGGCGACGUGCCCUGCCAGCCGGGUCCCCUCUAGGUGGCCGGGUGGGCUGGCCGCGGCAGGACCCCGCUUGGCCCCGACAGAUUUAAGCCUCUUCAGAGUCUGGAGAAGAUGGCAGAGACAACACCGGAGACUUCUGCUCAGCUUGCUAUGCACUCAGACACGCACAGUGACACUGUCCUGGCUAGCCUCGAGGACCAGAGGAAAAGAGGCUUUCUUUGUGAUAUUACCUUAAUCGUGGAGAAUGUGCAUUUCCGAGCCCACAAAGCCUUACUCGCUGCCAGUAGCGAGUAUUUCUCGAUGAUGUUUGCGGAAGAGGGCGAGAUUGGCCAGUCUAUCUAUAUGUUGGAAGGCAUGGUUGCAGACACCUUUGGUAUUCUGCUGGAGUUUAUCUACACAGGGUAUCUACAUGCCAGUGAGAAAACUACAGAACAGAUCCUGGCCACUGCUCAAUUCUUGAAAGUCUAUGAUCUGAUAAAGGCGUACACAGACUUCCAGACGAACCAUAGCUCCCCAAAGCCGCCGGCUUUGAACGGCACUGGACCCCCAGUGGUCGUUAUUUCUAAUAAGAAGAAUGAUCCUUUAAAACGGAAACGGGGAAGACCGAGAAAAGGCAGUAGUGUGCAGGAGGGGAAAUCAGAACUAGCUGCAGAGGAGGAGAUGCAGCUCAGAGUGAACAAUUCGGUUCAGAACAGACAAAACUCUGUGGCUAGAGAAGGGGACGGUGUGGAACCGAGCGAACAGAUGCCAAAAGAAAAGAAAUUGGAGCCUGCGGGUGAGCCAGGUAGAGUGGAGGAGCUGCCUGCCGAAAAGGAUGAGAAUUGUGACCCCAAGGCUCGGGAUGGACAGGAUAGCCUGAGCAGGUACAGCAAGCGGAGGAUUCGGAGGUCUGUCAAGCUUAAAGACUACAAACUCAUUGGAGAUGAAGACGACCAGGCUUCCGCCAAGAGGCUGUGUGGAAGAAAAAAGCGCGCCGGUGGUCCCGAGGCCCGCUGUCAAGACUGUGGCAAAGUGUUUAAGUAUAAUCACUUUUUAGCCAUCCACCAGAGGCGCCACACUGGGGAGCGACCGUUCAAAUGUAGCGAGUGUGGGAAGGGCUUUGCCCAGAAGCACUCCUUGCAGGUCCACAGCAGGAUGCACACGGGGGAGCGGCCAUACACCUGCACCGUGUGCAGCAAAGCGCUGACCACCAAGCACUCCCUGCUGGAGCACAUGAGCCUGCACUCAGGACAGAAGUCUUUUACCUGUGAUCAGUGUGGAAAAUACUUCAGCCAGAAAAGACAGCUAAAGAGUCAUUAUCGCGUCCAUACAGGCCACUCACUACCAGAAUGCAGCCACUGCCAUCGAAAAUUCAUGGAUGUGUCUCAGCUAAAGAAGCAUCUGCGAACGCACACAGGCGAGAAGCCAUUUACCUGUGAAAUCUGUGGGAAGUCUUUCACGGCAAAGAGCUCCCUCCAGACCCACAUCAGAAUCCACCGAGGAGAAAAGCCAUACUCCUGCAGCAUCUGUGGCAAGUCCUUCUCUGACUCCAGCGCCAAGAGGAGACACUGCAUCCUACAUACGGGCAAAAAGCCUUUCUCCUGCCCCGAGUGUAGCUUACAGUUUGCUCGCUUAGACAAUUUGAAGGCUCACUUGAAAAUUCACAGCAAAGAGAAACACACAUCAGAUUCUAACAGUGUUUCUGGCAAUAAUGCUGAUGAGGUCCGGAACAUUCUUCAGCUGCAGCCAUACCAGCUCUCCACCUCAGGAGAGCAGGAGAUUCAGCUGCUGGUAACCGAUUCCGUGCAUAACAUUAACUUCAUGCCAGGCCCCAGCCAGGGGGUCAGCAUCGUACCUGCUGAGAGCUCUCAGAGCAUGGCCACAGACCCUGCUGCUAACCUUGCCCUGCUCACACAGCAGCCCGAGCAACUGCAGAGCCUGAUUCUUUCAGCUCAGCAGGAGCAGACAGAGCACAUUCAGAGCCUCGGCAUGAUUGGAAGCCAGAUGGAGGCCUCCCAGCCAGAGCCAGUGCAUGUCAUCACACUUUCCAAGGAAACGCUGGAGCAUCUACACGCCCACCAAGGGCAAACAGAGGCGCUCCAGUUGGCAGCUGCUGCUUCCGAUCCAGCCCAGCACCUACAGCUGACACAGGAGCCUGAUCCACCCCUACCUGCUCCACUAGGCCAGGAGCAGAGCUGACCCACGCACACGUCAGACUGUUCCACUGGACCCUUCUCCUGGGCCGGUAGUGAUUGGCUGGUCCUUUGGGCUCCCAUCUUCCAGAUCCACCAGGUUAUUUACAGCGGACUCCACUGGGACAGAAUCUGUGUGCUGGCAUUACAAAGCUAUCUUAUCUGUAAUACCAAUUCAUAUUUAGCAUUUAAAUAUUGAUGAGGGGCUCCACAGUCAUCUACUUCGUCUCUAAAGAUGGGUAGUUUCUCUUGGGAGCACUGAUUUAGACUUUUCUGUAAGAGUUGAAUGUUCGUGGCCAUAGAGUGUGGUCUUCUUUAGAACAAAAAGUUAUGCAUAGGUUGACUCUUCUGGUAUGGUGGUUGGUUCCAUUCUGUUAUUUCUCUGAGGCAGUAUACUUGCCAGUCUAAAACAAGUCAGGACUGACUGUACCCAAUUACAUCAAUCAGGAGAUUCCCUUCCAGUAGCUUUUCUGCCCUAAGAGAGCACCCCUUGAAUUUUAUCUUUGUGUGGUACGGUGGGCUGAUCAUGCCGCACUGAGGGUAGAUUCAGAUUCAAAAACCACACUCACGAUACUGCAGCAAAAUGUUCUUUUCUGUUGUUUGUAUUCCCAGACAGGGUUUCUCUGUGUAACAGUCCUGGCUGUCUUGGAACUUGUUUUGUAGACCAGACUCCCUCGAAAUCAUAAAGAUCCACCUGCCUCUGUCUUACAAAUGCUGGGAUUAAAGGCGCGAACCACUACCACUUGGCACAAAUUGUACUUUUAAAAUUUUUGAGUUCAACUUUUCUUCAAAACUUGGAUUUAUACAUUUUUUAAAGAAGCAGGCUGUUAAAUUUUUAAUUAAAACGUCUCCAGAGUAUGAAACUAAAUCAAGAUACUCAUUCCAAAUAAACCAAAUUUUGUUAGAUAAUGACUUGAUUUUCAUGAAAAAGGAUUCUUAAUUACCUGGAACUAGAAAGUUUAUUCAGUGUAAGGCCUAAAUACACUACUGUAGCCUACUUGAUCUCAAAAUACUAAUUUGCACGUUCAAUCUUAGAACUUCCUAGAUGUGGAAGUGUACACUAAUCUAUUUUUCUUGACACUCGAUGAAAUCCAUCAACACACCACUUAAUUUUGAGCCUCAGGGUGGAAGUAACCCUCCUGUCCCUAUGAUUGUGUGUCUUUCAAACCAUCACCAAAAGAUUAAAUUAUGUUUGGCUUGUUUUCAGGAUCAUUGCAUCUACUUGAAUUCUUUGACUUUUAUCUCUCAUAAAGCUGGCCUUAUGUUCGAGAAAGAGAUGAGGGUCCUAGUAACAUUAUGGAGUAGGAAGUGGAUUCAAAAUCAAUGUCUUUUCCACAAUAGUUGUUAGUUUAGCUUAGACUGCUUGUAUUCCCACCGAAAUCCAGAUGUGUUUACAUCCUGGAUAUCUACAUAAAUAGACAAUUCUUCGGGUUGGAGAGGUUCUAUACUUACCAAGUUGUAUUUUAUUACCUAUAAUUUACAAAUUGAAUUACCAAAGUGGUAGACAUGUAUCAACUAAAGUAAUAUGAAACUGGACCUGAAUAGAGUUGAUUUCUUACAAAUAAUGUUUUACUUUAGUAUUUUAGACUCUUGAUUUAGUCACUUAAGCCGUGUAUUCCUUGUGUGUGAGUGUGGGAUGUGUGUGUGUCUGUGGCGGCCACAGGAGGACAAUGGUUAGACUCUUGAUUUAGUUAAGCCAUGUAUUCAUUAUGUGUGAGUGUGGGGUAUGUGUGUGUCAUGUGGAGGCCACGGAAGGACACUGGGUAUCCUGGUGUAUCACUGCCUUAUUUCCCUGAGAUGGGAAUCUGGAAGCUGGUGUCCAGCAAGCCUCAGCCAUCCUCCUGCUUCUACCUCACAGCAUGGGGGUUACAAGCACACAUGGCCAUCUCCCGGAUUUGACCUGGGUGCUGGGAUCCACGCUCAGCUCCUCACAUUUGUACAGCAAAUGCUCUUACCCACUGAGCAUCUCUCUAGUCCCUGUUCAUUCUUAGAACACAAAAGACUUUAUGAUCUCUUCAAAACUUGCUAAUACUCAUUUUCUCAAAAAAUCUAUUUUGUAUUAAAGAAAAUUAAAUUUUUUGCACCCUAGACAGCUGGGUAACUAUUCAGAAGCAUGGUUAUGUAGCUUUUGGUUUGGUUUUGGUGUUGGACGCAGUCCAUACAAGUUAAAUUUAAUUUACUUCAUAGCAGUCUACCUCUGCACUAAGAAUAUAACGUGAGCCAGGCCCGGUGGUGCAGGUCUGUGUCCUGGGAGACAGGUGGAGACAGGAGGACCUUGAGUUAAAGGCUAGCCUGAGCUACUUAGACCCUGCAAAAGAAAACAAGGCCUGGGCAUGCAGGUCAAAGUAUGUCCCUGGCAUGCACAAGACUGGGCUCUGUCCUCAGCACUGGCAGGGAAAAAAGAGGUACAAGACACAAGGAAUUUAAAAUAUUCAAAAGUCACAUGUAACAAUUGGUGAAAUUAAUCUUAACAACGGUAUUUGGUCUACUAUCCUGGUCAGCCUUGUCAACACAGCCUAUACUGAGUUAUAUUAGAAGCAAUUGAGGGGAUGCCUAGAUCAAGUUGAUCUGUGGGCAUACCUGUGAUGAAUCAUCUUGAUCAUUAACUGAUGUACAAGGGCUCAGCCCACUGUGGGCAACACCAUUUCUCAUUCCUCAUAGUCCUGGGCUAUUUAAAAAGCUAGUUGAGUGUGAGCCAAUGAGUGAGUCAUUGAACAAGUCGGCAAGCCAAGUUCCUCGAUGGCUCCUGCCGUGAGCUGCUGCCCUGCAUGCCCUUGGUGAUGGAUCAUGACUUGAAAGUAAAACCAAAUAAAACCUCCCCCACCCCCCCAGUUGCUUUGGUCAUGGUAUUGACACAGUAACAGAAUGCGACUAGAACAUUUGUUGCCAAAUAUUUCAAUAUGUAAUUCAUAUUAAAAUGUAUUAAUGAAAUUUUAUAUCCUCCCUUGAUAUAAAAUCCUCAAAAUCA